AUGUUCACAGUGCUUUUAUUGGUUGCUAGUUUGAGCAAUAUUGCAUUAUGUUCAGCCGAUGGGCUAUUACCAAAUGGCAACUUCGAGUACGGCCCAAAACCUUGGCAAAUGAAAGGAACACGAGUAAUCGACCCGCACGCAAUACCCUUUUGGGAAUUGUCCGGUUUUAUCGAGUACAUAAAAUCGGGCCACAAGCAAGGCGACAUGCUAUUGGUCGUGCCGGAGGGGGCCUCUGCCGUACGAUUAGGCGAGGAGGCCUCCAUCAAGACCAAGGUUAAGGUCACAAGCGGCAUAUUUUAUUCCAUUUCGUUUAGUGCAGCUAGGACAUGUGCCCAAGAGGAGAAGUUGAAUGUGUCCGUUUGGCCCAGUAAGGAGCCCAAUGACUGGGGAGUCCUGCCCAUACAGACUGUUUACAGUAGCGAUGGGUGGGAUUCUUACUCUUGGGGCUUCUUGGCCCAGUCCAAUGAGAUCGAAAUCAAGAUACAUAAUCCUGGAAAAGAAAAUGACCCAGCUUGCGGCCCAGUUAUUGAUUCUGUUGCUAUCAAGGCCCUACGUGCAUCUACGAGGACAAGAGGCAAUAUGUUGAAAAAUGGUAACUUUGAAGAGGGUCCAUACAUCUUCCCUAACACAACUUGGGGAGUCCUAAUUCCUCCCAACAUUGAAGAUCAUCACUCCCCAUUGCCCGGUUGGAUUAUUGAAUCCCUCAAAGCCGUGAAGUACAUCGAUUCCGAUCACUAUUGGGUGCCUGAGGGCAAACGAGCGGUUGAAUUAGUUGCCGGUAGAGAAAGUGUACUAGUACAGAUCGCUCUUCCAAAUCAACCGACUGCGGAUUGCCCAAGCUUCAAGCUCGUGCUUGUUGGCGAUGGCGGCACAGGGAAAACUACUUUUGUCAGACGCCAUCUUACUGGGGAAUUCGAGAAGAAAUAUGAACCAACCAUUGGUGUAGAAGUUCAUCCGCUUGACUUCUUCACAAACUGCGGCAAGAUAAGGUUUUACUGUUGGGACACAGCCGGGCAAGAGAAGUUUGGAGGACUCAGAGAUGGUUAUUAUAUUCACGGGAAUUGCGCCAUCAUAAUGUUUGACGUGACGGCACGCAUGACCUACAAGAAUGUCCCCACAUGGCAUCGGGACAUUUGCAGGGUGUGCGAGAAUAUACCGAUUGUGUUGUGUGGGAAUAAGGUGGAUGUCAAGAACAGGCAGGUGAAAGCAAAGCAGGUCACUUUCCAUAGGAAGAAGAAUCUUCAGUACUAUGAGAUCUCAGCCAAAAGCAACUACAACUUUGAGAAGCCCUUUCUGUAUCUUGCUAGAAAACUUGCUGGCGCCCCCGAAUUGUAUUUUGUCGAGUCACCAGCACUUGCACCCCCAGAAGUUCAAGUUGAUUUGGUCGAACAAUUAAGGCAUGAAGAGGAACUGAAAAACGCGAUGAAUCAGCCACUUCCUGAUGAGGAUGAAGACUUUGCUUGA